AUGUCGACGAGACCGGAAAACCCGACGCUCGGCUACAACUAUCACCUGCCAUCCGGAGGAUGGUCGGCCAAGGUUCGAAACGUUCUCUCCCAAUGCUCGGACGUUUUCGGCGAAUUCGACAAGUACAUAGCGCCCGCCUAUCAUCACGAUCGCUGCGAAAGGUCGGUUCAGAUGAGACUGUACACGAUGCACAAAAGAGAGUUCGUGAUGGUUUUCAUCACGUUUUUCACUUGCUUCGGAUUGGGCAUAUUCGUCGGAUUGGCAGGGCCGCCUAUAACGUUGACAACGCGCGUGGAUGGUAUUUCCUUACUGCCUAAAGGUAAUGGCAGUAUCACGGGUGGUAGCAGGAAUGUUGCAACUGGUCCGUUUGUGAUGAAAACGCCCAAAUUGUCCACCUACUCGCAGCAAUUGUGGGUGAUAGCCAAGCUGUCGACGGAAAACACGGACGGCGAAAUAAUCGAUAAAAUAUUCGAGGUGUCGGUGGGCAUAUCCGGAUUGAGCGAGGAACACAAGCCGGUGAGGAUCCUGACAGCGAACAGCAACAACAGGACGAGGCACUUGAAAUGCGACCGGCAAAGCUGCGAGGAAUUCAUCGUGCUGCAUUUGGGCUAUUUGGACUACGCCCAUUACAUAAUCACCGUGAAUUUCUUCGGAUUGGAGGCCUUCCAUUCGCAUUACAACAUCAAAGAGCUCGAUUUCUACUUCAAGACUUACAAUCCGGGAUUCACCCAAAUCGAAAUAUGGUUCAGGUUCUUCUUUUUGGCCUUUACCUUCGUUGUAACGUGUUGGUACCAGCACACUUUGCGGAAGUACGCCAUGUACGAUUGGUCCAUCGAGCAGAAAUGGAUGUCCAUUUUGUUGCCCAUGCUGAUGGCCUACGACAAUCCGGUGUUUCCCAUGUCGUUUCUGCUCAAUUCCUGGCUGCCCGGCAUGAUCGACGCCAUAGCUCAGGCCAGUUUCCUAUGCGCCCUGCUGUUGUUUUGGCUCUGCAUCUACCACGGUCUCAGACAGAACGAGCGACAUCUGUUGACGUUUUAUAUGCCGAAGGUGUUUAUAAUAGCGAUGCUGUGGUUCCCCGCCAUAAUUCUAUCCACGUGGGAACGAAUCAACGAAUUAAAAGAUCCCACGUACAAUCACACCGUCGAUACUUCGAAUUUUUACGUCGUUAAAGCUUUUUUCUACAUAUUCGGCAUCGUCUACUUGAUAUAUCUCACUAUUUUGAUAUUGAAAGCCUACACAGAACUCCGAUCUAUGCCUUACUUCGGUCUUCGAUUGAAGUUCCUGACAUUGUUGAUGUUGGUGGUGCUGAUGGUGAGUUGUGCGGUGACGGUGCUGAGGUUCGGCGUCGGCGUGUUAGAGGAUAAUUUCGUCGCCGAAUUGUCGACGCACUACAGCAAUUCGUCGGAGUUUAUGUCGUUUUACGGUCUGUUGAAUUUCUAUCUCUACGCCAUGGCCUACGUGUAUUCGCCGGGCAGCAGGAACCUCAACGAUAUGGGAUUGACGAAGGAUAAUCCGGCUUUUUCGAUGAUCAACGACUCGGACGAGGACGUCAUCUACGGAUCGGACGAAGAGAGCCGAAGGCCGUUGAACCGGUCCAGGAACGAGGACAUGGACGACAGCGAUUGA